CAAGGAUUAUUCGAAUUCUCAAGAUGGGAUAGACUGAUCAUAUUCGCAGUCGCAAUGGCUGGUGCCCUGUCUUGUUGGAUUGUAUGCUUUCUUUUAUUCCCUGUCUUGUCAUUAAAACCUAGAAAGUUUGCAAUAUUAUGGUCUUUAGGUUCAAUCCUGUUCCUAUUUAGUUUUGGUGCUUUGCAUGGUGCUAAACUAUAUCUGAUCCAUUUGUUUUCAAUUGAUAGAUUAUGGUUCACAAUAUCUUUUACAGCAAGUAUCGUGGUUACUUUAGUAUCAAGUUUAGUAUUACAUAGUACAAUAUUGGCAAUUAUUGCAUGUAUUGUACAAUUGAUUUGUUCUGUUGCUUAUACUAUUAGUUAUUUCCCAUUUGGUAAGAAUGGAUUGAGAUUAGCUUCAAAUGUCGCUAUAGUACAAGUUGAUAGUUGGAUAAAUUCUUAG